AUGGAGGAAUCUACGAGGGUCGCUAGGUCAAUCUCCUCCAAAUUGAAUCUAUCGCCGAAAACUCGAUCAGGUAUUAUGACAGUAGCGCUCAUGUCGCCGAUAAUGAAGCCCGAUUUGUGCGAGAGGGCUCUUGACGCUGCCACUCCUAAAGGAAAGCAGAUGGGAGCAAAUAUAUGGGGCAAUGAAGAGAAGGCGGAGUCGACGUGCGAGGGAGGUGUACGUCCGGGAACCUCGGCCAGAAAAGCAAAAGCCGGCUCCGGCAAUAUCCAGAUAGCUACUGGGUGCCAGUGUUUCUGGACGAGAAGUUGUAGGCGAGUGAUUGAUGGAGGCAAAAUUCAGCGUCCUAGUACAGUUGUUAGAGACAUAAUGAUUUCCCCCGACAAGAGACAGAUAGAUAGUACUCGGUAUUGCCCGCGGCCCUAUCCGCUCAGGAACAGGCAAAAGGUUUGGGCGAGAUCGUCGGACUUGGACCCAACCCUGACAAUCACGGC